AUGGAUUCACAAAAUCUUUCUAAAUUACUUUUAAUAUUAUUUAUACUUUUAACAAAGUCAUCUUUUGGUCGAAAAAAUCCACAUUACUUGGAUGACCGUACAACGAUGGUUCAAUUAUUUGAAUGGAAAUUCGAUGAUAUUGCUUUAGAGUGUGAACAAUUUUUAGGGCCAUAUGGUUAUGGGGGUGUACAAAUAUCACCAAUCACUGAAAAUCUUAUUGUUCCACAAAGACCAUGGUGGGAACGUUAUCAACCUAUAAGUUAUAAAUUUAUAACUCGAUCAGGAAAUGAAACACAAUUUCAGGAAAUGGUAAAGCGAUGUAAUAAAGCAGGAAUCAGAAUAUUUGUAGAUGUAAUUUUAAACCAUAUGACAGGCAACGAUUUUUAUAUAAAAGAUUAUCGAACUGAUAUUGUGAAUGGAACAGGUGAUUCAAUAGCAAAUCCAAUAAAAAAAUAUUACCCAGGCGUUCCAUAUAACAGUUCACAUUUUCAUGAGUCAUGCAAAUUAUCCAGUUUUCAGAAUAAACAUGAAAUUAGAAAUUGUAUGUUAUUCGGACUAAACGAUUUAGAUCAAUCAAACAAAUUCGUCCAAGACAAACUUGUUGAUAAAUUAAACCGCAUGAUUAAUGUGGGUGUUGCUGGCUUUAGAAUUGAUGCCGCAAAACACAUUUUACCCGAAGAAUUGGACGCUAUUUAUAAUCGACUAGAUAAUUUAAGAACCGAUUUUGGAUUUCCGAUAAAUAGUCAGCCGUUUAUUAUUCAAGAAGUACCCGAUAUGGGAGGUGAUUAUGAAGCAGUAAAGAGAGAAGAAUAUAUACCGAUUGGAGUUGUGACUGAAUUUCGGUUUGGUAAAGAGCUUACUGAUCAUAUUAAAGGUGGCAAAGAAUUGAAAUAUCUCAAAUCUUUUGGUACUUCUUGGGGUUUGAUGGACAGUACAAAUGGUUUAGUGUUUAUUGAUAUUCAUGACACUCAAAGAGAUAAAGAUAGAGGAAUAUUGUUUUUCAAAGAUUCCAAAAAAUAUAAGAUGGCUGUUGCAUUUAUGUUAGCUCAUCCACAUUCAAAACUACCUCGGCUUAUGUCUAGUUAUGAUUUUACUGAUAAAAAUGACAGUCCACCAAAAGAUAAGGACGAAAAUAUUCUAUCACCAAUAUUUAACGCAGAUAAAUCAUGUGGAAAUGGUUGGAUUUGUGAGCAUAGAUGGAGACAAAUUUAUAAUAUGGUCGCAUUUAAAAAUACUGUGGGUGAUGCACCCUUAACUAAUUGGUGGGAUAAUGGAAGUAAUCAAAUUGCGUUUUGUCGUGGAAAUAAAGGAUUUAUUGCAAUUAAUAAAUAUGGUGAUUUGAGACAAUUUUUACAGACUUGCUUACCAUCUGGAAUCUAUUGUGACAUUAUUUCCGGUAAUUUAGAAAAUAAACGAUGUACAGGAAAAACAGUAAGGGUUAAUGAAAAUGGCAUUGGAUUGAUUGACUUACAUGGAUUAGAAUUAGACGGAGUGGUCGCAAUACACAUACAUGCUAAACUCUCUGAUGAUUUAAAUGGUACGUGUAUUUCGGUAUGGUAAUUCAUUCAACAU